UGAAAUUAAGAAACGCAAAUUAGUAGCAAAAAAUAAAUUAAAAACAAGCACUAGUACGUUAAUUUUCGUUUUCAGUAAUUAAAUUCUUUUUCCACUAGAAAAUCUAGAAGAGUGCCAGCUGAACACUCUCUCUUUCUGACCUUUCUCCUUCAAGCAACUCUCUCUCUCUCUCUCUCGACUUACCAAAUUCCUUGGCUUUGAAGUUGGAAGAAUUUCUACAAGAUUCUCAAAAAUGAAUGAAUGCUGAAUAAUCAACCUAGAAAACCAUCAUUAUUAUCCUCUGGUUCUAGCUAAUUCAGGUAACAGGUACCUAGUAAUUCAUGAUUGCGAUUUGAAAGUGGUGCAAGGACAAUGAGCUCCGACAACUAUGGAAACAACACCAACAGUGAUCUUGGUAUAGCUUCAAGCAGGAAAAGGUUGCGUUGGACGGAUGAGCUUCAUGAACGCUUUGAAGAAGCGGUUGCACAGCUCGGUGGACCAGACAAGGCAACUCCUAAAGGAGUCCUAAGCGUUAUGGGUGUGCAGAGUUUGACAAUAUACCAUAUCAAAAGCCACUUACAGAAAUACCGGCUCUCAAAAUACCUCCCGGAGUCUACACCUGAUGGAAAAAGGACUGAUAGGAAUGACUCAGAUGACAAAUUUACCUGCUCGGAUGGUACACCUGGGAUGCAAAUAACAGAAGCACUCAAGCUGCAGAUGGAAGUACAAAAACGGCUGCAUGAACAAUUAGAGGUGCAGAGGCAACUCCAGUUGAGGAUUGAAGCCCAAGGAAAGUACCUCAAGCGAAUCAUUGACGAGCAGCAACGGCUCAGUAGCGUUCUUGCUGAAUCACCAUCAUGUUCUGGGGUCACUUUCCCCAUGUCAUCAGGUGAUCACAACUGUCCGGAAUCUGAUAAUAAUAGAACCGACCCAUCAACUCCGGCUGCAACCUCGGAAAACAAAGCUGUGAAGACAGAGAUGCUCGAGAAAAAGCUAGCUCUUAAGGAGUGUUUAUCUUCUCUGCAUGAACCAUGGACUCCAGAUUCAGGUUGCUUUGCUGGUGGUUCUCCAUCUGAGAGUCCUAGAGAUGAAAGGGUCAAGAAGCAGCGAGUGAACGUGGGGGAGGCGCUAAACACAAAACCAGAGACUGCAGUCACACACCCGAUACUGGAGUCGAACCCAGGCACAAUUCUCAAGAUGCCCCCACCAUUAGAAAUCCCAGCUUCAGGUCAUUCUGCUUCUCAUUCUGGGACUUCCCCAUAUGAUGAAAAACGAUCAGAAGAGGCUACAAAAAGUUUAGAGUGAUUAUCUUUAUAUAAGUUAGACUGUUGUUUUCAGGGGAACUGAGUUAUGUUUAGAUGUAUCAGGAGAUGAGAUGAUUAGUUCAAAGACUUCUGUUAACUUUCACAGAAUGCCGUCUUUACCAUUUCUAUUUGGUACAAAUGUAAAAAUGCAUAGUUUAAUCGUUGGCCUUCUUGCGAUUCA